AUGGAGGACGGUAUAACAAACAGUAUUUGGAGAAAUAAUGACAUGGAUUGGUCAGCCCUUAAUUCUUCUGGCAGAUCUGGAGGUAUUAUUACAAUGUGGAAUAGGUCAAAAAUUUCAGCUUUAUCUAGUUUCUGUGGUGUUGGGUUCUUGGGCAUUCAAUUCCUGUGGAAGAACCAAAACCUGGUUGUGGUUAAUGUUUACGCACCUCGCAGUUCAGCUGACAUAAGGAAUUUGUGGAGGGAUCUUGCUAAAAUUAAAAGUAAAAUAUCAGGUGCUGGAUGGAUUGUGGGGGGAGAUUUCAAUGAAGUCAAGAUUGUGGAGGAAAGAAAAGGUAUAAGCGCUAAUAGUAUUAGGGAUAUGAAGGUUUUCAGCGAGUUUAUUGUUGAGCUGAAGUUAACGGAUCUUCCGGUGUUUGGAAAUAAGUUUACUUGGUUCAACUCCAAUGGCAAGUGCAGAAGUAGAAUGGACAGAUUUUUGGUGGACGGUCUUGCGAUUUCCAUGCUCUCUUUGAUUAAUCAAUUGGUGGGCGAUAGAGACGUUUCAGACCAUAGGCAUGUGUGGUUGAAAUCUAACUUUGUGAAUUGGGGGCCUGUGUGGUUGAAAUCAGCGGUUGCCGGUAAUAUGUUAUCCCAAUUCAAGAUUGAUGGUCAACCAACAGUGAGUAUCCUCCAAUUCGCUGAUGAUACUCUGCUCAUUGGGGACGGUUCGGUGUCUAAUGUUUGGGAAUUCAAGGCUAUUCUUUGGGCUUUCGAAUUAACUUCAGGUCUCAAAACUAAUUACUCCAAAAGCUGUUUGUAUGGGAUUCAUGUAGAACAUGAAUUCUUGUGGCUGCUGAAGACUUUCUCCACUGUAAAUCGGGAAAGAUGCCUUUUAGUUUCCUUGGUAUCACUGUAG